AUCGGUGAUCCGCGCAGUAGUCGCAAUCGUACGACAGUGAGUCAUGUUUUCUUUUCGCGAAUCCGCACCGUACGGGGAAAACGUCGUGCAUUUCCGGUAGCCCCUGUUGUACCACUCGACGGUAAUCGUCGUCAUUUCCCGUUAAUUUUUUUUUCGUCAUUUUCGUAUCCAUAGUACGUCAUUUUUCCGAUUUUCCGGAAUAUCGUCCGUAGAUCGGUUUUAUCUUGAUUGCACUCGUUGACGUUCGUUCGGAUUAUUUCGCGCACAGUCCUUCCCAUCCGUAAACGUGUGUACGCGCCAAAAAUGUAAACAGAUUUUCCUUCUGGACGUGCCGAAUUCGUGUCAAAUAUACCCCCCGAUUGGGGCGCCGCGUACGACCUGCCUAUCGUUGAGCUGUGAGUGAUUGAAAAUAAUAUGUUUGGCCGACCGUCGUCGGUGGGCACAUGACUUGUGCGGCCGCCUCUGUGUCGUACGUCACGACGUUUCAACGACAGCAGCAGUUGUCCGUCCGUGCGGCGUGGCUGAACUCUAGAGAAAUGGCCAAGGCCCUGAACACGAGCCAGAGCUAAAAAUGGAACACACCGCCGUCCCGUUGCUGUGGUUGUGUUUGGUUUCGACCUGGAUCGAAUCGUCAGCAUCGUAUCCGAUCGGAGAUUUAAAUUCUAGUACAGUAUUAUGGAGCAGUUAUAAUACUUGGCUAGAAGCAUCAAUAGUUGCAGUCAUUUUUACUAUAUGUGUAGUUGUCUUUAUGGUUGGCUGCUUGGACUGUUGUCGAAACAGUAGAUUCAGUUUUAAGGAUUCCACAGUAACACAGGAGUUCCAAAAUGAAGUACUCUCCACAAGGGAUUACAGUUCUCCAGGAUUGGCAUUUGUCAACCCUAUUAGCAAUCUUCAUAGUAACGAGUUGUCAAGAUCAGACUCUACUGUCAUCAAUAUUGAACAGCUUUCACCAUCAAUUAAAUAUCAGUCAUUAUUUAAAGAAUGGAUAAAUGAUUCACUAUCAAAUUUUCCAAGAUCCCGAUUACAAUUUCAUCAUGAACUUGGUUCUGGAUGGUUUGGAAGGGUGGUAAGUGGUGAAGUGGUUGGCUUGAACCAAGGUGAAAAUAAUAAAGUAGUAGUUCGCAUCUUAAGAGAUGAUGCUACUGAUUCCGAACGACUAAAAUUCUUACAAGAAGCUGCUCCUCAUAAAAUUAAAGUGAAAAAUGGAAAUCACUUAGUUUUAGGACUUGUAGCUGCUUGUAUCAAAAUGGACCCAUUAUUGUUAAUAUUCGAGUCUAGUCCAUGUGGUGAUUUGAAAAUGUGGCUCCGCAACAAUGCAGACACCAAUGAAUAUGAAACCCAAUUAGAACGUAAACUCAAAAUGUCUGUUCAAGUAGUCAAUGGGCUUUUGCAAUAUUUAAAAAGUGGAGCUGUCCAUACGGAUGUAGCGGCAAGAAACUUUUUAGUAUUUCCUGACAAUGUAGUAAAAAUUGGUGAUUAUGGUAUCAGCACCCAAACAUAUAAGGAAGAUUAUUAUUUCACAGAAGAGGGAGUGGCCAUUCCUAUUAGAUGGAGUUCUCCUGAAACCUUAAAUGUCUCUGAAUCUGUCAUUGAGACCAAAAAGGUUACUGUGGAAGGAAAUGUAUGGAGUGCUGCAGUGGUAAUAUGGGAAAUAAUGGAAAAUGGUGCUCAACCGUAUGGUUCUCUUAGCGAUUUAGCCGUUCUAUCUGCUGUAUUUAUUGAACGUACUCCACUUUUACUUCCACCAUCAUCUAAACAUCAUAAACUCUCUCAGCAAAUAUAUCAAGUAAUGUUGCGGUGUUGGAAUAGUGACCUAUCAAAAAGACCGACAUUUCCAGAAAUUAUAUCAUCUCUGGAAGAAACCUAUAGCAUGUUAAAAGCUAAUUUUGAUCCUAUUUCCUCAAAUUCAAGCCCUAUGUUUUCUAAAGAUUUUGUUAGAAGUGAUAGUGACUCGGGAAUAAUGAGCUCUGUCAAUAGACCAAAAUCAUGUGAAGUUCAAAUAUACGCAGAUGACAUGAGUGAUAUCAGUUCUCAACCAUCUGCGUCUAGUGGCGUUGAUGUAUUUAAUCAAUCCAAAAAAUCCCCGUCCUUGGAAAUAUUGCAUGGAUCGUUAGAGGAUCUUACAACGUCAAAUGACCCUUGGAUAAGAACAGAUGAUAGUAUUCAAUUUAUGGAAGGGAUAAAUAAUGCUAUUAGAGAGUUAGACGAAGCUUUAGCUGGUGAACCUACAUCUUCUGAUGCUGAGUGCUCCCCACCAAUUGUUAAUUUUAGACUCGGUCCAAUAGCCGGUAAUAAAAUAAGCCGUCCACUAUUUGAAAAUUCUUAUAAUGAUAACUCAUAUUUAGAAAGACGUUCUGGUAAUGAGUCAUCUGGGACAGAUACAGAAGAUGAACAUUGGAGAUUAAGAAUUGAGCGAGGUGAGUUUUCUGAAAAAGUCAAACAGAAAUCAAAAAGUGUUGCAGAUUUGAUGGUACUGACUCAUAUUGAUGCUAGUGAAAGUAGUGAAGGUGAUACUCCAUUAAAUUCGUUAUCAAGGCAAAACAGUUUUAAGAACAAUCGGUUAGCUGUUCCGCUCUUAAAUAGUCUUACAUUUACUAGUGAUAGCGACUUAAGAAACGCACAAGAUGAUCAUGAUUUUCAAGAUACUUUGAAAAAAUUCCAAACAGCCUUAAAAAAUAGAGAUGACGAUUCGCUUUCAUAUUUAUCUUUACAAAUUGAUAAUAGUAUGAAAGUAAAAAAGGAUACUAAAACAAAUAAUAAUACCAAUCCUUUUUUAGAGAUUGAAGCCUCGGAAAAAAAUAUUAAAAAUAACCCAUUCAUUUUACCAAACACAACUCAAUGUUCAACAGCUGCCAAUAACUCUUCUGUCCUUCUGGGUCCAUGUGAAAAUUUCACAAUAGAUUAUUAUAAGGGUAUUACUUCCUCUCUAACAGAGAAACCAAUCAAUGAAAAGUUAGAUAAUUCAAUAUUUGAAAAUGUCAGUUUUACAUUUAACCCUUAUGAGUCAAUGAAAUGGGACUCCAAUAUAUUCGACUUUAGUAAGCCUGUUUUAGAAGAAUCUGAAGACACAAAAGUAGAAUGCAAAUCAAAACACCUAGUCUUAGAUGAAGCCGUCAAAGAAUCCACUUAUAGCACAUUAGAAUCGGACUCUGGCCAUACAUCAGAUUACACAAAUUGUGAAGAUAUUUCUACUAAAGAUACUCUGGAAACCAAAAGUUUGAGUACUCCAAAUUAUACAUUUAACGAGUCAAGCGAAGCUUAUAACUACUACAACAAUAUCACUGUGUUAAAGAAUGGCUCUGAUGACUCCGGUUGUGAAAUCGAACAGAUAACAAGUGAAGAUGGUAGUACAGAAUUUCUAAAUGAUAAAUCAGAAGAUGAAGACGACAAUGAAAUUACUGUGAUCAAAGUACAUGAUUUGUAUGAAGACAAAAUCCACAAUGAUCAAUCUAAAUUUGAAGGAAUAUCUGAUGAUGAUAAUAAACAAUGUGAGAGUAAAGGUCAAUAUGAAAUUGACGAUAUCAUCGAAGGUCUUUCAGAAUCUUGGUAUUUACAUCCGCCAUAUCAAAAGACAUCUGGUUGGCUACCAGAUACUUUAAACCAUGAUGAUGAAACUGAUGAUAAAGAAUUAUCAUUAGAUGAAGAAUAUGCAGAAGCUAUAAGACAAGAACUUAGAGGUAAAGUUAAUCAAAACGAUAAUGAUUCUAGGAAUUUAAACAUUUCAUUAGAAGAAAAUGAAAAUGUAGCAGAAAACACUGAUCAUACAGAUAUGGUCAUACAUUACAACGUUUAUCCUCCUCCUUUGUCCACAAUAUUUGAAGAAGACGAAGAUGAAGAACCCGAAAUAGUUGAUAAUUUUUCAGAAAAUCCCAGUCCUUCAUGUAUUUUAACAGAUACUUCUACCGACCAUCUAGUCAUAAGUAGAGAAAAACUUGUUGAUUCUUCAUCGGAAUUAGAUGAUAAUGUUCAAGAUGAUGUUUUAAUUAUUGACACUAUAACUAAUGAAGCAAUCAUAUUGGACACAGAUGUGUCAGAGAAACAAGAAAUUAAUGUUUUAAACAACACGUAUACAAUUGAAGAAGUUAACUCUGAUACAGAUGAUAUAUUAGAAAAUUUAGAAUCUGACAGUGUGGCAUCAUAUUCCCCUGAUUCGUUAUCACCAGGAUCGACUAGUAAAACCGCUGCAGCAGUGUCUUAUUCAUCGUCUGAGUCGGCAGGAAUUUCAGAUCAGUUUGUUUCUCCAACACUCAGUAAUAAUGAUUUACCUCUGGACAAACAAACCAAUGCAAUUAAAAGUAUUGAAGAAUUACUGAGUUCUCCGCAUCAUACUAAUUCAAAUGAAGACUUAGAUGAGUUCAACAACAUGCAAAACGUAAACUGGUUAAAAAUGUUUUUAAACUCUGAAACUUUUUGUGAAAACGAUCUUGCUCAUUGUACAUCGUUACCAAAUUCGAUAAAUUUCAAUAGUUACAAUUGGCCGACAGUUAAUGAAUUAACUGCCAUCAGCAGCUCGGAACCAAAUUUAACUAAAAUUGACGUUGAUAAAACUUUAAAAACACAAGCUGUUUAUGAAGCCGAUUGUUGGAAGAGUUUAGAUUCUAAUUCAACAAUUACUGAAGAAAAAACUCAUAGAGAGUUUAAAGUAUCACUAGUAAACGAAACUCCUGAAAAACAAGAAUCUCGUAAAUUAUUGCCGAUUCCAUCACCAGAUGACAAUGUUUUAAACAAUUGGAAAACUGUGUUUGGUUCGUCCAAUGAUAAAGGCGAAACUGGCGAUGGUAAUGAAUCUGCCAAAUCGGAAGAUGUUACUGAUGAUGAUGAUGAAGUGGAAUUUGUUCCUUCCACAUGGAACAGUAAUGCAAUACCCAGUAAAACCUCGUUACGCAAUUCAAACUGUCAAUCGGGUGCCAAAAAAUCUGUGUCAUUUAAGCAACAAAACUAUCAUUGUGUCUACGAGUAUCCACGUGACGAUAGUGAAACGUUUGAUUUAGAUAUUGGACCAAUUUGGGACCGCACACCUAAUUAUUUCGAUUUAUCAUCCUUCAGUGAUUGGGGAGCUGGUUCAUCAAAAACUGAUUUACUCAGUCCAUCGUUUAUUGAUGAUGAAGCAUGUAAUCCAAUUCAAACAUUUCCACAAGAAACUAACUUCAAUUUUCCCUCAACUACUUUUGAUGAUGAUUUUUACAUAAGUAGUUCAAAUCAACCAUUUGAAAUAAACCAAAGUCAAUUUUUCCCUGGUCAAAAGUCAAACAAUCCUACUGAUGACACUUUUGAACCGAAUGCGGCUGAUUUAACUCCGCUAAAACCCAAGAAUAUAAUUGUCAAUUCAAAUGAAGAUGUACCAGAACCGGUUUCAAUUGUCAAUGCGGUUACUCUGGAUGAAGAACUAGCAAAAGCCGAGAUGGAUAAUAUGGACAUAAAAACAUUGGGUAAAAUACUAUCUUUCAAAAUGGACGAUGUUGUCAAUAUCAGUGAUAUUAAAAAGCCCAAAGAACCACUUUCGCCCACUUUGGGAGAGCUGUGUCAUACCAAACAGCAUUUGACUUUGAACCUAUGCAAAUCUACGUCCAUACCACCUUCCAGCAUUAGCACCGAAAAGUUUAACACCUAGACGAUUAAGAUCAUUGGUUAUUUAAAAAAAAACCAAGUGUAGGAAACCUUGGUACUCAAACGUACUUAUAAUGUUAUGGACAAGUGCCAAACAUUAUUUAUUAUUUACACAAUAAUCUAUUACGGAUGUUAGUUUUUAUAAGUUUUAUACGUGGAGUCGUGAAUUUUUAUGUAAUAAUACAGAGUUGUGCACCUUGUCAAGAUAAAUUUUGGGUAUGGGUAUACAAAAUGAGGGCUUUGUCGUGUUUACAAAAUUAGCUUGUUGAUCUGAUAUGUUCUGUUUGACGUUCCUUGAUAGCUAAAUUAAAAAUUAUUGAUUGGUAUGAUGUAAUCACAAUAAAUGAUUAUAACCAAAAAAUAAUUUGUUUUAGUAACUAACAUUUGUUUGUUUUUUUUAUAUAGUUUUAAAAUUAUUAUAUUCCAAAUGUAAAUAUUUCAUUACAUUUUUAUUUUAACAAUACAAAAAUAUGGAGAAGGAGUUUUUUUAUUCACCGUCCAAAUGAUAUGAUAUUUAUAUUAUUACUAUUAUUAUUAUUUUUAUUAUUAACAACAAAAUGUUUUCUUCUCUAUCAUUAAUACUAUAAGUUUUCAAUUAUGGCGUAACAUAACAAGGGUAAAACAAAUACAUUACACAUUGUUAUUGUUCAAUAGGUUGUAAGUGUAAUUUUCCUAGAUAUUUAAAAGCUCACAUAAAUUUAUAUACAAAAAAGAAACAGUUAAACUAAUAUGAUCUGUAAAUAAACAUCCAAUAUUAGAUUAUAAUUGAUGCAAACUUUUUUUUUAAUUUAAUUUGUUUUACCCUAUGUAGUUAGUUACCCGUGUUCAUACGAAUUAUGUUCUCAUUUGACGCCAAUCAUGUCACACGCGACACCCUAUACCCCUAUUUUCUAGUGUUAGUUUUUUUUUUUUUUACAUCUUGUCUUUAAGCGUUAAAUAGUAUAUUAAUAUAUAGCUUAAUACCCAGAGGAGCUAUACACAAUUAUAAAUCCAUAACUGAGUGCUAUUGUCGGACUAUCAGUAUUAAACCUUUUUUUUUUUUUUUGGUUUCUCCCUAUUGUUAUUUCUUAUUUAUAUUUAUAUAUAACCUAAUUAUUAAUUAAGAAAAUAUUAUUUUAAAAAUAUGUCCAUCGUUUUUUAUUAUAUAUAUCGGUAACUCUACGGUAACUACUAUAUAAUAUGUACACAGAAAUGUAUACUUAACUCGUAUACUAGUAGAGUGUAACCUCUGCCAACAUAUAUAUUAUGCUGGAGUUAGAAAUCAUCUAUCAUAUAGAUUUAGUUUUAUUUAAGUAUGGUGCGUACUGCGUAUUGACCAAGAAGGCCAAGUUUGGCAGAAAUUUUAUUUUAGAACCCAUCAAUUUCUGCCUUGCCCGGUUAGGGGAUGGUGGCUUUUUUUCCCAAUAUAGUUUCUGUCCCAUAGAAUUGUACUGUCUGUGGCGGGAUUUAACAGGCAUCACUCGCCCCAUAGAUUUAGGUAAUAAUAUAGUAUGACCUAACGUUAUAUAUUUUUCAAUGUUCAAUGUUUCAAUGUACUUACAAAAUUAUUAUAAUUAAAUGAGUGAAAAUGUUAACUUCUAUUGUUGGAAUUUAUUGUAGUGUAAACAAAUUAUCUUUUACUUAAUUAUAGAAAUAAAGAUAUAUUGUUUACAAAAAUAAAUACAACUAUUUCUAGCAUAUGUAAAAAAAAAUUGUUUAAAAUAAAGGUGAUGCAUAAAAUAUUAAA